AUGAAAAGGGAGGGUGACUUGUAUAUAAAUGGAAGCACAAAGAGGUCCAAAGGUGAUCCGGGUCUCGCAGAUUUGGACGGUAUCGAAGCAGCUGAGGAAGACAUAAUUUUGGAGUCGGAUUCAUCAGACGCAUCAGUGAUACCACCACAACCACCAGUGUUAGAUGUCGCAUUAUCCAACAGUAAUCAGUGGCAAGAAACCAUCAAAAAAGUCGUAAACUCUGUAGUUUCAAUACAGUUUUCGCAUGUGGCACCAUUCGAUACAGAAACAGCAAUAGUCAGUGAAGCUACGGGAUUUGUCGUGGAUGCAGAACGAGGAUUGAUCUUGACUAACAGACAUGUGGUUGGACCAGGUCCAUUCACGGGAUACAUUGUGUUUGAUAAUCAUGAAUCAGUCGAUGUUAAACCAAUAUAUAGAGACCCUGUUCAUGAUUUUGGGUUUCUACAAUUUGAUACCAAGGAGGUUAAGUAUUUGGAAUUGAGUCAACUCGAUCUAGAACCUACAUUAGCCAAAGUUGGUACAGAAAUUAGGGUUGUUGGUAAUGAUAAUGGUGAGAAGCUUUCCAUACUUGCUGGUAUUAUCUCCAGAAUUGACCGAAAUGCUCCUGACUAUGGAGCAUUAACUUACAAUGAUUUCAAUACAGAGUACAUACAAGCAGCAGCAUCAGCCACUGGAGGAUCAUCAGGGUCCCCAGUGGUGAAUGAAGAUGGGAAAUGUGUUGCCUUACAAGCAGGGGGAUCUACUGAAGCAUCAACGGAUUUCUUUUUGCUUGUAAAUAGACCAAAGAGAGCACUUCAAUGUAUACAGGAGGAUAAACCAAUCACCAGAGGAGACAUUCAAGUGGAAUGGGAGUUGAAGCCUUUUAAUGAAUGCUCUAGAUUUGGAUUGACUGCCGAAGCUGAGACCCUCGCAAGAAAGACAUUUCCCGAUAAGAUUGGAUUGUUGGUAGCAGAGUUGGUUUUACCUGAAGGUCCAGCUGAUGGUUUGAUUAAGGAGGGAGACACAUUGAUUUCAAUUAAUGGGGAGUUUGUAUCGACAUUUAUCAGGGUUGAUGAAAUACUUGAUGAAAAUGUCGGUAAGGAAUUGGAAUUUGUCGUGCAACGAAGUGGAGUUGAAAUGAAACAGCUCAUUAAAGUUGGUGACCUACACGCCAUAACACCAAAUAGAUAUGUGCAAGUUGCAGGUGCAUCAUUCAAUGACCUUUCGUAUCAAGUUGCUCGGUGUUAUUGCUUGCCAGUGAGAGGAUUAUACGUAAAUGACGGAGCAGGAUCGUAUGAAUUUUCAAAUCAAGAUCCAUUUGGGUACUUGGUGGAGACUGUUGAUGAUAAAUCAGUUGCUAAUUUAGACGAAUUUGUCGAAGUGAUGAAAAAAUUACCCGAUUGUUCAAGAGUGCCUGUCACGUAUCGUCAUGUAUCUGAUAUGAAUGCCGAGUAUGUUCAGACUAUAUACAUAGAUAGACAUUGGUACACGUCUUUCAAAAUGGCUACAAGGAAUGACAAGACUGGGUUAUGGGAUUUUGUAUCAUUGCAGGAUAAACCGCUACCGCCAAUUGCACCAACUCCACAGAAUGCUAAAUACGUGGAUAUACCAUUCAACGAUCCCAGCAAAGAAGAAAUUUCGAAAUUGGUCAGGUCAUUUGUGCAAAUUAGGACAUUAUGUCCUAGUGGUGUUGAUUCGCACCCAUUUAAAAAGGAUAUUUGCUACGGUGUUGUCGUUGAUGCUGCAAAUGGAUACGUAUUAACAUCACGGCGCUUUGUUCCUCACUACAUGUGUGAUAUAUUUGUUGUAUUUGCAGAAUCAAUUGAUGUUGCUGGAAAAGUUGUGUUUUUGCAUCCACACUUGAACUAUGCCAUAAUCAAAUAUGACCCAAGCUUGAUACUAGCUGAUGUGCAAACACCAAAAUUCUCGGAUUUGCCUUUGAAGCGAGGUGAUGAUGUGUUUUUUGUGGGGUACAAUUACAAUUUAAGAUUGGUUACUGAUGAUGUUAAAGUCAGUUCAAUUGCAUCAUUGAAUGUAACUGCCAAUACGAUGGCACCACGUUAUAGAGGUACUAAUUUAGAGUGCAUUUUGUUGGAUAGUAAGAUUACCCAAGAGUGCGGAACUGGUAUAUUAGUGGAUCGUGAUGGAACGGUGAGAGCAUUUUGGUUGUCGUAUUUGGGAGAGUCUAAUGAUGUAUCCUACAAAAUGGGUUUGGAUGUCACUGAUGUCGAGGACGUUAUAAAGCUGCUUGAAAAAAAUGAGGUCCCAUUGGAGUUGAGAAUGUUGAGUGCUGAAUUUGCCUCGACAACUGUUUUCCAAGGAAGAACGAGAGGCGUACCGCAAUCAUGGAUCGGUAAAUUCGAAGAAGGGGCAGAAGACCUGAUUAGAUUUUUAUCAGUUGACAGGAUUGCUGCACCAAGCUUGUCAGAUAAACCAAAUCCAUUGAGAGUUGGUGACAUAAUCCUCUCUGUAAAUGACACAUUGGUGCGAAGCUUGAGAGAUUUUGCACCAAUGUAUCACAACGAGUAUCUCAAUUUCAAAAUCAUUCGUCAAAAGAAAGAGUUGGAUUUGACUGUACCUACUAUAGAAACCGCCACAUUGGACACAUCACAUGUUGUAUUUUGGUCGGGAGCAUUGCUACAAAAGCCUCAUUAUGGAGUAAGACAACUAAUGACAAAAAUUCCAUCAGAAGUAUUUGUUACUGAUAAAAGUUCAUGUGGUCCUGCACAUCAAUACGGAAUUGUCCCAGUUAGUUUUAUAACUCAUGUCAAUGAUCAAGAGACUAAAGAUUUAACAAGUUUUAUCAAUGUGGUGAAAUGCAUUCCGGACAAGACAUAUAUAAAACUCAGAAUAGUGUCUUUUGAUAAUAUCCCUGCUGCAAUUUCUUUGAAAACUGAUUAUCACUACUUUCCAACCACCGAGCUUCUAAGAGACAACACAAGUGGGAAAUGGGAAACUAUAAAGCAUGAGCAAAUCAAAGCAUCUGAUUAG